AUGAGUAGAGUGGCAGCCAGAGAUGGGAUGGGUUGGGACUUUAAUGCUAGGAGAUGAGGGAUUUAAAGACAGCAGCAAGAUCAAGAGUGGGAUAGGGUAUACAGGGCUUGCUUUAGAAUAACUUUGUCCACCCUUUUGAAUUUGUUUCGGCAUCAGCAGUUUGAAGUCACCGUUUCCAGUGCUGCCUCCCUCCUGACCGAGCGUUGGGUGGCAGGGAGAAGCGGCGACGACUGCCGGAGCGAGAGGCGUACUCCUCUGCACUGACUCGCUGCAAUGGCAGAGUCCGUGCAACUCACGGCGUCAAACAUUAACAGCCUGAAGGAGCACACGCUGAAAAAGAUAAGCGACCUGCUGGACAAGACCGACAGUUGCGGGUGGAGGAAACUGGCGGAAAUCGUGGGAGCUGGCAAGCGUUUCAAGCUCAGUUCAGAGGACCUCGACAAAUGCUCAUUGAAAACGCUGGACCCAGAUGGAAGCCCCAGCCGAAGUUUGCUCCACUUGAUGGGCAGCAGGGGUGUGACUGUGAGAGACCUCUUGGAUUUCCUUCAAGCUAUGGGGCACACUGAAGCUUUUCAGCUUCUGAGAGCUUCAGCUUCAUUGAAGAUUCUCGUUCAGCCAGUUUCCCAGGCAGUUCUGGCCGGCCAGGCAGUGAGACUCUAUUGCGAAGCAACAGGGCAUCCGAAUGUUGAAUAUCAAUGGUUCAGAAAGAAUGCAGAGGUUCCAAAUGGUAACACUCCAGAGCUUGUGAUUAAUCCAGUCAGUAUAAAUGACACAGGAUGGUACAUCUGCAGAGUGAACAGUGGCUGCUUUUUUGAAUUCAGCCUCUGGGCACAACUGGAGGUUUAUAAUUUCAGUGCUGCCGGCGGAAGAAGAUUCUUUACCAAUGAGACCAGGCUCCAGAUUAUAAAUCAACCACAAGCCCAGAAACUAAUGGUAGGGGAUACUCUGAUAUUGGAAUGUACUGCAAUUGGCAUACCAAUGCCACGUUAUCAAUGGCUGAGAAAUGGUAUACCAGUCACCAAUGGCUCUGAAAGACAUUACAAGGUGAAUAAAAUGAAUCUGGACAACCAGGGACAAUACCGUUGCCAUGUGUUCAAUGACAUGGCAGAACUCUGGAGUCUGGAAGCAGAAAUUAUUAUAGGGCCCAGGCACAGUGCAGCAGUUGCUGUGGAAUGUGACGAAGAUGAAUUGAAGUCUUCUGAAGAAGCAAGUAAUCCUGGUGAGGUUGGACAGCUGGACUUAGAAAUUAACCAAAGACAUUAUGCUACAGACAAGGUGGCUCUUCUGAUUGGCAAUAUGUCCUAUCACAACCAUCCUAAACUAAAGGCACCGAUGGUGGAUGUAUAUGAACUGACCAAUUUGCUACGGCAGCUGGAUUUUAAAGUUGUAUCUCUGUUGGACCUUACUGAAUCAGAGAUGCGCAAUGCAGUGUAUGAAUUCUUACUUUUGCUGGACAAGGGAGUGUAUGGUUUGUUGUACUAUGCUGGACAUGGAUACGAAAACUAUGGAAACAGUUUUAUGGUGCCGAUUAAUGCUCCAAAUCCCUAUAGGUCGGCAAACUGCUUGUGUGUGCAGAGUAUCCUAAAGCUAAUGCAAGAGAAAGAGACUGGAUUGAAUGUCUUUCUACUGGACAUGUGCAGGAAAAGGAAUGUCCAUGAUGAUACAAUUCCAAAUAUGGAGGCCUUAAGAGUGACAGCCAAUAUUGUGUUUGGAUAUGCAACGUGUCAGGGAGCAGAAGCCUUUGAAAUUCAGCAUUUUGGAUUAGCAAAUGGUAUUUUUAUGAAAUUCCUGAAGGAACGUCUGCUGGAGGAUGAAAAGAUCACAGUAAUGCUUGACAGAGUUGCAGAAGAUAUGGGAAAAUGUGAUCUUACUAAAGGAAAGCAAGCUCUGGAAAUUCGCAGUAGUCUGUGUGAGAAGAGAGCCUUGACAGACCCUAUCCAUUCGUCAGGCUGCUCUGCAGAAUCACUGGCUCGAAACCUGCAGUGGGCCAAGGCUCACGAACUACCUGAAAGUAUGUGGCUUGAAUUUGAAUGUGGUGUCCAAAUUCAACUUGGUUUUGCUGCUGAGUUCUCAAAUGUCAUGAUAAUUUACACGCGGAUUGUGAAGAAACCGAAGGAAAUUAUGAUGUGUGAAGCUUACGUCACGGAUUUUCCACCGGACCUGGACAUAGAUCCGAAAAAGACGAACAAAGGAACACCAGAAGAAACAGGCAGCUAUCUACUCUCUAAGGAUUUACCAGAGCAGUGUCUAUACACUAGACUGAGUGCCCUGCAGAAAUUAAAGGAGCGGCUGGUGUUCACGGUCUGCCUUCGCUACCAGUACCAUGGACUUGAUGAGCCUGUGGAAGAAGUCAAGGAGGUGGACGUGGGCAAACCACUCAUUGCGAAGCUGGACAUCCACCGUGUCAUCAGGAGGAAUAGCUGCCUCAUGACCUGUCCCAUGCCUCACAGCCCAUCACACAGCCCAGUCCACAGCCCCUCUCACAGUCCAGUCCGAAGCCUAGCUUGUUGUCCAGAAUUUGAGCAUUACCACCAUCAUCACAACCAACGUUUUCAAAAUAACUCUCACCUCGGGGUUUACAACCCAAAUUCAGCCAUGGUGGGUGCUAUGGGUUGCUCUAUUUCCGAUAGCUGUACAUACACCACGUAUACACACAUGACAGGAGAGGGUCAGUGCUGCAGUAGCCAAGUAAGAGAAAUUAAUGUCCCUGUCGAGAAUGAUAUCAAUGAUUUGCAGUCUGAUUUCUCUAACUGUCUGCAGUUCACUGAUUGUAAACACACAAAUAAUUCUUCUGAAUGUGCUGCAGAAGAUUUAACAAGAGACCAAGGUUGGAUCCCUUCUAGGAGGAACAAGAUGUAGAGUACAUACAUGCUAAAGGUCAUGGGAAUUUCCAACACUCACACUCCACUAACACUGGCUGCAAAGAAUGCCAAGCAUCUGAAGUUGCUUGAAUCAUGGAGGAGAGCUUUUAAAAGACAAAGGGUUGACUUAAAUAGUGCAACCGGUUUGUAAUGAUUGAAGUGGGAUGGACCACUGAGUCAGGCAACUGCAUCAAAAUUUAAGUUCAGUACACGUUAAGUAUAGUACACAGCAUAAAACUGUUUCCUUUAAUUUAUAUCAGCGAUAAGCGAUAUUCUUUAAAAUUCUGACAGAAUAUUUUGCAAUGAUUCAUUCUUGUACUUCCAUUUCCAACAUCAUUUAUUCUGGUGACCAAUUAAUGCAAAAUAACACCAAGGAACUGGUUUAAAGCUGUACAACUGUGUUUCACAUAACUAUCCCUGCCUCAGCAGAGGGUGCCUUGCCCAGGCUGGAUUUCAAAUCAACAGUGAAGUAGGAAGACAGUAUGCCGGAACACCACACUUCCCAACCUUCAACCCACACUUAUGUACAUACGGAUGAGCAUUUGCUAGACCGGCGGGAUGGAUUUGCCAGCUGCUGCAGGGCUGUAGGCAUCUUCCGCCCCCUGGGAAUUUGGUUUGCAGCUGCAUUUCUGACUUGUGAACUUUGUGGGUUAUGAACAGUUCACCAUGAACUCUCAGGGUUAUGAACAGAACCCUGUCAUAACCUGAGGAGGACCUGUAAACUACAAUAAUAGACAAUCAUGCAAUAACAAUUAUCAUGUGUUUUUGACCCUUGCACAGCUUUUCAAUUAUACUCUCUGGAAGAAUUAAUGUCUUUGCAAUUUCAUUGAAGUUUUGCUAUUCAUUCCACAAAAUGGCUUUCUGUGGCUUUAGUUUUAGUGCAAAUUAUUUGGUUUUGUACAAGAAUACAUUUAUUGGCAUUCAGCUUGGAACGCAUGAUUGGGAGGAUAAAGAACUGAACAAGCUGCUGGAAUUGGGUGAGGGAGAAGGAGAAAUAUUCUCUGUCAAUUGGAGAACUGUGGCAGUAGUUCAACCAGAACCUUAAUGAGGAACUGAUUGAUCUGCACUCCAGUAUGCAUGUUGUCACUGAAAUCUGGCAUCGGCUGCAGCCACUACCUUGGCCUUUGGCAGGGCAAGAAUGAUAUUGGCUCUGGCAAAUAAAGUAGUCAUGGCAAUAAACCUUUAUAAGUCAGUUUGUUUGCAAACAAAAGCUGAAAGGUUUUGCAAUAUUCCACAAGUUUGCCAUCUAUCACAAAGAAUGACACUGUGCUACCUUUAUUGUCUAUAUGUUUCUCUCUCUCUCUCUUGCUAGAAAACAAUAGAUAAAGACAGUGCAUCAGUUUGCUUGAGUUGCAGGCUUCCCCAUGAUGUGUUUUAUCAUUGAAGACAUGGAUGUUGAUUUAUGAGCUCUCUAUGUCAACCCUGCCUAACAUUGGACCUGAGAUGGAUUCCAUUCACUCACUGUGCAGCUGCUGUAUGAUCUUAGGCAAAGAAUCAUAUAGGUCACUGUGUCCUGAUUUCAGUCAUGAUGCUAUCAUUCUUUGACUUUUGCAUUUGCUCCACCAUGGAGAGCCUGCAGGUGACAAUUGGGCUGAUUGUUUUGAUGUAUAACCCAUGCACAUAUGAGCAGGGUGCAUGAAUUAAGAGCCAUUCUGCCACACACAGUGCACUAGAGCAAAUCAUUGAGGCGUUAAAACAAUGUUGCUGCAUACUGAUACCAGUUAAUGAGUUUCUUGGUGACCAAUAUCAAUAAAGAAUGAUUUGUAUGCUUAAGGCACUGGGUUUGGCUUUUGGCAGUGGUUCUUGCAGUUUGGUUUUUUAUUAUUAUAUGUUCCAGUUAAUAUUCAAAGACAUUCCGACAGUCAAUAUUGAGGGUUAUUUAUCCUCCAAAUAAGUAAAAUAAAAUUGCCAAGAUUCACAUUUCUCCAUCCAUCUUAUAAGAUACAUAAGAUUUAAACUAACAUAAGAUUUCAACAGAUGGCUUGAAGUUGACUAAAUAAUCUAAUAUUAUUUGUAAUCCAAAAAUGGCUGCCUUCUCCACUUGGAUCACAGCUGUGGUACUGUGACAUUACUUAAAGUAGUGCAUGGAGUUGCAUUUUGCAUUUUCUCUGGGUUCUCCCUGUUGUUUUAGAACCUCAAGGAUUUCAAGUACUUCUCUGUACCACCUUGAGCUUCACUGAUGGUUUUAGGAGAUAGAAGUUCAAGGAUUGGAAUCUAUCAAUAAAGCAAUGUUGAAAACACAAUGGAGUUUAAUUGAGACUGCGAUUUGGUAUUUCUGGUAUUGUCUUUGAAAACUAGUGAACCUUGAUCAGGAGUGUGGUGACGAUUUAUAACUCACAUUUUGCUCCCAAGAAAAACAAAUUGUUUGUAUAAUGGAGAACUUCAUGAUUGGAAUAUGAAGAUGCAUGCUAAAGCUGUAGAAUCGCAGUGGAGUGUACUUUUUCUGUAUUACAGUAUUUUAUAAACAAUAUAAUGAAUAUGGAACCUUUAUGUUGAUACACUGGCUGAGAAAUAUUUUAAAUGAUAGAAAUAAAAAAAGCUUCCUUAUCUAGUGUGAUGCAGCGUAAUCAUGGUGAGA